CGGAAGGUCUCCAUCCACAGCUAGACAUCUGACACGUCUGUGUAGUUCUGCACCUCAAAAGACUCCAAAAUCACCAUAUUUCUCCAGAAUGUACCUGAACCUGUAAAUACUCUAGAUAUACUCCAUAUAGUAGUAAAUAUAUAUUAAAACACUUAUAGACCAUGGAUAAAAGUGGUUAAAAUCCAUGGUCUAUCACCCAAGCCAAAAGAGGAUUAGUUAGAGGCAGAACGCAAUGCAUCAAAGUUUAAUGCAAAGGCGUUGUCAGUAAUCUUUGGAACCGUUGAAGCAGAAUAGUUCAAGUUGAUACAAGGGAGUACUUAGGCUAAAGAGGUGUGGGAGAUCCUGCUGAAUUCAUUUGAAGGAAAUGAGUGUCAAGAGGACACGUCUGGGUCAUCUUGGGUCGCAGUUUGAGAAUCUUAGGUGGUCUGAUAGUGAUUAUGUUGCAAGCUUCAGUGCCAAACUCAGUGCUAUGGUGUAUGAAGCAUGUGUACUUGGGAAGAAGUAAAAGGAGACGAAGCUGGUAAAGAAGUUACUACGUUUUCUUCCAGCAAAGUUUGUAGUUCACAAGUUGGUCUGAAUAUGACCACAAACUCGGAUGAGCGCAAGUUUGACAAACUUGUGGGUAUGCUGAAAGCAGAAGAGAUGGAGACAGACAAUAACUUGCUAAAUAUUUCAAAUUUAUACAAUAAACUUGCGGCUGGCUCCAUCUACGAGUAUGGUGACCUGUAGAAAGUCCGUUACGGAAAGCUAACCAGAUGAUAAAAGCAUAGCGAGGUACACCUUGGGAGAACCAUAUGAUCUUACUCCAUUGCGGAGUUGUGAAGUCAAGUUUUCCUCCGCGGAUUUUCGUAGAUCCGCAAAGGAGGACUGCAUGGGUUCUUUCCGUUGAGGUUUUGACCUUUUUCGUCAAGGUAUCCACGAGUUUGUCUUGUUCUUCCGACCUAUUUUCGUAGGCAGAAAACAUCUUUUUGAACUCCUCGAACGUCACAGCGUUAGCUGUUGUGUUGGCUGCAGAAACGGCAGCUUCUGGAGUGUUUUCAUUGUCGUUGCUUCCUCCGUUGAGAGGAGUGCAAGUUAUUCGUGUCGUUAGUUGUCUUGUCUAGUUGAGCGUAUUGUGGCUGAGAGAGUUAGACUGAUCUAUACCCCCCGUCCUUCUAGCGCCAAACUGUAGGAAUCAAAAUUCACACUAUCGAUUUCCGUUUAAAUAAAGAAAGUUAGGAAAACCCUAAUUUUCCAGAGGUUCUGGAUAUAUGCUAAACCACACGCCAAGCAAUCAGAACACGAAAUAAAGACGAGAAAGAGAAGAAAUCGAAAAGAGAGCAAAAUAGAUCUUAUUCCGAAUUCGCGUUUGAGCGUUACAACAAGGUAAGAGCCUGGGCUACAAGAGCUGUCAGCGAGUUUCCUAGUUCUAAAACCCUAAGACUGCAAGACCUAAUUGAGUCGUAGCUUGAAUAACAAAAACGAAAUGUUGCCUAAAAUUGCUCUAAGUGCUAAGUUUGCUCUGAAAAAGUUCUCCCCAUGUGCCUCUCACCUAGGACUCCUUAUAUACUCCUCCAAGGUCGGUUUUCGCUUUUCCCUUCCUGCCCUUAAGCCGUCUUAAGUGAAAAAUGGAGAUAUUUCAUUUUUUCCGAUCUUCAUGUUUAUCCGCAGAAACUUAACAUUUUUUCUGCGGAAACUUAUCUUUAUAUUUGUUUUUAUAAAAUAAAAACAUAAACCGCCACAGUAUCUACGAGCUCAUUCUUAAAGAAUCGUAAGUGGGCUUGUAAUCGCGUUUUAGACCUCGUUGGGCCGUCUUUCGACAUGAAACGUUUGUUACAAUUUUCUUUUCGACAAAAACAAGUUCUCGCGUUUUUUAUCGUAAAGUUUCAACAGUAACUUUGAUCGGAAUGAUGUGAGAAAUGAUAUGGCCGUGGUACAUGGGAGAUAGCAUUGAGAACAUACGAGAAUGCACGGAUUUGGGUCAUACCCGUUAAUCGAUGUCCGAGACAGUUCGAUCACUAUGUAGCGACCUGGUCCCACCUGGAUCGGUUGCUACGUAGCGACCGAACGAACGGUUUGGUCGGUCGCUACGUAGCGACCGGCUCGUUUGUGGACCGGUUACUACGUUGCAACCUUGUUUGGAUCCUUUUAUGACGUUUUAUGAACGUGUUCUUGGACUAUGGGUGUUUAGUUUCGAUGAAUCAACCGAGAUUAGUGCAAGAUUUCACCGCAAAUUUCUUCGUAAAGAUUUCUUUACGAGGAUUACUUUUCAUAAAAGCAUUCAUGCUGAUUUUUACGGAUAUUUGGAUGUUAACUUCGUCGUGUUCGUUUUUGACCCCAACAGUCAGCAAGUACGUCGGGACGUACGACAAGAGUACGGCAGAAAGUUCUACAGCGCGUAGUUGUGAGUAACAAGCCGAAGGGAGUACAUUAGUGCAGAAACAUGAAGGUCAGACAAGAGGUUAUGAAUAAGGGUUGUGCAGCUGGUACAAGGAAGGAGACUGAUCGGUGCAUCAGCAACUGUGUCAGGCAAAACAAGAAGUAACAUCGGAUGUGCUGUUGGUUCUAUGGGAAGUCUGGACACAAGAAGGUGGAGUGUUUUGAUCGUGAGAAGAGCAGAUACAUGGCCAAGAAGGUGAACAAGACGUUCAUUAAACCCAAGAGGGUUGAAGAGGUGCUCUUAGCCAAGAGUGGCUUACUUGAUGAGGUCAAGGAAGAGACGUUAGAAGAAGGGUGCAGUUCUGUUAAGUGUGAUCUUGAGGAUGAUCAAGAAGCAUCAAAUCUGGAUCAAGGACACGAGGUUAUUUGUGGCACAAAGGAGAAAGAGAUCAAAGUGCGUCAGGAAGUGAUGCGAGAUGAUCUUGAGGAGGGUGAUAGUGAAAUCACUCCAAGACAAUAGCAACGAGUACAGAGUGCACUUGGUGUUGAUGGGGAAGGGCUCGAGGUCAAGAAGAAGACACAUGACGAAAGCCAGGUCCUCAACAGAAGCUGGUCGAAUGGUAGUUCGGAAGGUGCGUCAGAUCGUGACGCAGUACUUGUUAUUCUGCUGCAGCAGGGGCUGUGUCAUGAUUAUACAUGAAUAAACAUACGGGGGGGGGGGGGGGGGAGGUCUGUAAGGCUUGACAAUUUAGGCAUAUGUGUUUUAGCUUAGUAUGCAAUCAAGCAAGGGGAGAAUGGUGAUGUUCUGGUACAGAGAAUGCAUAUCUCAUGGGGGAGAAAAGCAUGUGUGGUGCACAUCUCGUGGGGGAGAAAAGCAUGUGUGGUGCACAUCUCGUGGGGGAGAAAAGCACAUUUGGUCUGGAAGUUUCCAGGUGGGGAACGUGGUUUCCACGAGGAUGCUAAACCAUAAGAAUGUUGUGCUUGAUCGAUACACAAAGCUAGAAGGGGGAGAUUGAAGAUGUAAGAUGUCUGCCCUGAAGUAGUCGCUAACGUAGUAGCUGAAGCAGACGUUGUGUUGGUGGUUAAGACCAUGUGGAGUCAAGGUGUUGAGCUGGAGUCUUGAAGACUUGGAGAGCAAGAGAGUAUCUUGGAGAUAAAGAAAGAGGAAUAAACUUGAAGAACAAGUUUAUGACUUAAAGGAAGAAGAAUAAGUGCAUUCCAAGAAAAAGAAAGUUGCACUUAAUGUUAUGGAAGAUGUCCAUAUCCAUGUUGCCUUGGAGACUAGGGUUUCAGGAACAUGGAGAAUAUAUAAGAUAGCUAUGGGUCAUCUGUAGAGAGACAUAGACACAGAUGUUGAUCUUAUAGAGAGAGAGAAGCUCUUGGAAGUGUUAUGGGUCGUUCUGAAGCAGUGGCUGAAGUACUUGCUGGGAGAGAGACAUAAGCGGGUAGCCUAGAAAUCCUUCAGUGUCGUGUGUUAAGGUGUUAACACUAGACGAGUAAAGCUGAAUAAACAAGGUCUUGCAAUAGAUUGUUUAAAGGAGAUUCUAAUAAAGCAUAGUUGUUUGCUUGUAUUGUUUUGUCUCUAGUGUUAUCUUCAGCAGUACUAUUGUGGUGUUAUUCCUGCACUAACAGAUAUGUCCUUUGAGCGAUACUCCCAAGAUAUUACAUGUAGUGAUAUUAAAUUAUGUGAGUCCUUGUUGUUUUAAAAAACAUAUUUCAUUAGGAAUAUUCAUGUUUUGCUUGAGGACAACCAAAAGGGUAAGUCUGGGGGAGUGGAUAUACCAUGGAUUUUACCAGUUUUUAGCUAUGGUAUAUAAGUGUUGUAGAACCUAUUUAUUAUGUUUGGAGUCUUUUUAGAGUAUUUACAGGUUCAUGAAUGUUUUGGAGCAAUGUGGUGAUUUUGGAGAAUUUUGGAGAUAAAGUUAGAAGAAAUUCGUAGUUGUCUGUCAAACCAGUCCAGAGUCAACAUUCAGAGUCAAACUACGAUCGACAAAAACCUCGUGUCGUCAAUCGAUAGCAAAGCGCGCAAGGCCCGACUUGGUUCCCAGCCGCCGAAGUUCCACAACAAUUACAUAAAUACCCCCGGCCAACUUUAACCUAAUAUUUAUGUGCUAUGCAAAUUAUUUUGGGCAACAAACGCUUUCGUACUUUCAUAUUUUCACAGAAAACAUAUUUAGGUUUUUAGUAGUUUGGAGAGAAGAUCCAAGACUUCUUUAGAGCUUUGUAUUGGAACUCAAGUAUUACUACUCUAUUCUACUAUAUGCUUUCUAUUCAAAUUUAUAUCAUGUCUUGGUUUGAUUACAUCUGAGUCAUUCACUUGUUAGAUUUAGGGUUCAUUAUAGUAUUGAAGGAUUAGCCCAAACUAUAUAACUGCUAAGGUGAUAGACAUCCUUCAAGAAAUUUAUUAUAAUGCUUGUGUUUAAAGUAGCUAACUAGAAUCCUGAUUUUAGGUUUGUGGACAACUACGACGAUAGGUUUUGCAUCAGAAUAGAUUCACUUGAGCAAUGAUUACUAGAAACAAGUGACAGCUGAUUUAGUUAAGACUAGUGAACCUAUAGAUCAACUCGCUAAAGCUUGCCUAAGGAAACAUCGAUCGACGCUAAUCUCAUAGCAUCGAUCGAUGUUCGAUACGUAUCAACAAGCGGAACCUGAGAUAUUGUCCUUAGUCAAUAGGAUUGAUUCACAUGCGAAAGCUGGGAAUACUUUCUCAUUAGAAUUCUAGUUCUAAGAUUGACAACCUAAGCAUUCUAUAUCAUUAUAAUCCUGAUUACCUAAAACUCUAGAUCUAGCUGCUUUCUCAUAACUGUUACAACCUCAACCAAUCAAUCAACUGAGCAACUAUCUUGUUCGCCUCUGCUGUUUAUUGACUUACUCUGUUUGCCUAGCCUAAUCCAAAACUGAUUAGGAUAUAUUGUGUGCCCUAGAUCCUUGUGGAUUUGAUUCCUAAAUACUACGACUUAACCUCUUAUUUGAGAGAGUAAAAGUCACUCUUUGGGGUAAUUUGAGUUAUAUCAAUGCUCAUGUGGAAGAACAUGAUAUGGUGUCUGUCCCACCUGUGUAAAGUAUGCAGGCUUCAGCUCGAAUCGUACCUAUGGAAAGUAGGAUGACAAAUUGCAGAUCUGUUGGCGUAGUAUUAAUCUGGGCAGUUGUAGUCAGCCAAAGAUCUGGGUAGAGAGACCUGGACAUUCUCCUCAGCUACAACCUGAGCAUUGGCUGCAGAAUUCUCAACAUCAGCAGCUUGUUGAUUAUCUGCUUCAGGAUCAGGGAUUAUAGCCCUGUGAUCAUCUAACCUCUGACAUGCUGCAUUAUACAGAUGACCAUCCUGGUCAUGCAGGUCCCCAUUCUCAUCCCAUAUCAGCACUAGAGUCGCAACCAUGUCUGCUCGUGAGUUGAUGUCGAUCGAUGUUCGGGUUGAAGUGUCGAUCGUCGGUCGCUCACAGGUAUCCGUCGAGGUAAUUGAGUUGAUGUCGAUCGAUACCGCCCGUCUCUCUUUUCAGAUUGAACGAUCCAAACGUGCAGGAUCUGAGAAUAAAAGUGAUUUUUUCCUUGUAGCUUCAAGUACUAUUGGGCAUGUACCUGAAACUUUAAGAAAAAAAAUUCGUAAGCAAAAAUAAAUGAGAAAAAUAACCUAGACUAAAUCAAAUAAAUUGAGUCUAAUGGCGAUCUAAUGCUCCUCGGAAACAGCGCCAAAUUAUCCAAUGAGAAAAUUUACUCUCUCAAAUAAGAGGUUCAGUUGUAGUACUUAGGGCUAAAAUCCACAGGAAACGGGGGAACACAAUAAAAUCAAUGCAAUAACGAUUAAGCUAGGCAAGUAACUAUAAAAGCAUAAAUAAAGCAGAACAAAGUAGUUGGUUGUUUGGUUUGAAAAUAUGAGAUCAAAAAGCUAGAUCUAGGGUUCCAAGCAAUCUGUAUUAUAGUAUUAUAAAAGAUAAGGGUGUGUGAAUGAAAGUCCUAGAACUCGAUGUGUCGAUUGAUACUAUCGAAUGAGUGUUGAUCGACACUGCCUUAGGAAAGAGUUGCAAAUCUGAUCGAUUUGUUCACUAGUUUCAACAGAUUAGCUGUCGCUUAUUUCUAGCAAUCCUAACUCAGAAAAAUUAGUGCAGGAAGAGAACCUAUUGUCAUAGUUGUCUACAAUCCCUAGUUCAAGGUUCUAGUUAGCUAAUCUAGAACACUGGCAAUAAGAACAAUUCUUAUGAAAGAUGUUUUAUGAAUGCACCCUAGCAGUUCUAUAUGUUUGGAUAAUCCAUCAAAACCCUAUUACAAAGGUCAUGAUAAUAAACUGAAUAGAAUGCAUAAAAAGAAUAAGGUAAGAAAAAAUAGAGUUCCAUUACAAAGGUCUGAAAGAGACUUGGAUCUUCUCUCCAACCCUACUAAAAAUCCUUAAAGUGUUUGACAUGAAUGAUAGAAAGUAAAAGGGUAGUGUUCUGUCCAAACAAUGGCAAACACUAUAAAUAUUAGGUCACUCGGCCAGGGGUACUCAUGUAAUUAUGUGGACCAUCUAGGCUCAAGUCGGUCUCGAACAAGACGGUCAGCCCGUCUACGCGCGUCAUUGUCAAGCGACGACAGGAAUUGUGUUGAUCGACAGUCUAUCUGAAUGUCGACUCUGGCUUGUUUCUGAACGUCUACGAGUUUAUUCUAUCUUUAACUACAAAAUGCUCCAUAAUCUCCACAUUGCUUCAAAACAUACAUGGACCUGAAAAGACUCAAAAAGACUCCAAAACACAUAAAAUAGAUUCUAAACAAUUACAUACAAUGCUUGAAAACUGGUAAAAUUCAUGGCAUAUCAAGCACCAAGAUAUAUGCUCCAUUAUAUUUUCAUCAGUCGGGAUAUCUGAUAAGUUCCAUACCUCAAGAAUAACUUGUCUAACACAUAUUUAUCAAAAAAAAUUCUAAUAUAAAAAUAGUGUGAUUGCAACUAUAUAUAUAACUAUUAAUAUCAUCUAAAUUAAUUUUUCCAUAAAUUAUUCUUUAAAUUCAUGGAAGAAACAAAUUUUUGAUCAUUUCCUUAACUUAUGCCUUUUCUAAUGAUUAAUUUCAAUUCUCAAACUAAAUUUAGAAUAUUUCAAAACUAAUUGAAUGUAAUUUGAUCCAUUAAUAAUUCUUAUAUGUGGGUUAAGUCAUAUAAUUUAUAUAUUUUUCUUUGAUGUUUCUAACUAUAGCUUAACUAAAAUAUGUAACAAUAUUAGAAUCAUUUUUGUAACUGCAGUAUUACAAUCAUUCCCUCGAUAUAUUGUUAAAUCUUAUAAAAUAAAUUUAGAAACAUCAGAAACUUGCGAUCAGUUUCAUUUUGUUUUAAAAUUCUCCUAAUUAUUCGUGAAAUUUGAUAAUUAUAGAACAAUUUUCUCAGUCAAAUCAUCUUAUAUUGGAUUUAGAAACGUGAAUUUUGGUUAACAUCUAUAAAUAGAAUAUUGGAUUUUUAUUUUCAUUCAUAACAUUGAAUCAUUCUAUAAUUUUCUCUACACCUCUCCAUAUUUCUAUGUUCUUUACAAGAAUGCCUAAAAAUGGUUCUCGUUCUGUUGGGUAUUCUAAAGAAGAAGAUAAACUUUUAUGUCAAGUUUAUAUGAAAGUUUAUCAAAAUCCGAUUAAAGGUUUUUAUCAAACAGCCGAUCAUUUCUGGGAUCAUGUGGAAGAAGCUUUCAAGAAUGGGAAACCCAAAGCUUCGAGUGAACGUUCAAAAAAGUCUCUCCAAUGUCGAUUUCAAACAAUCGAGAGAGCAACAAAGAAACUACAUGCAUGCAUCAAACAAUGUGAAAACAAACAUUCAAAUGGUGUUUCAAAUAUUAAUAUUUUCAAUCAAGCUAAAGAAAUGCUAAUGGAAGAUCCAAAAUACAAAUCUGGUUGGAAAUUUGAUCAUGUGUGGAACAUUAUUAAGACUUUUGAAAAGUUUGAACAUGGUGUUACUUAUUCUAGAAAGCUAUCAGAUUCUUGCGUUUUCGAGUCUACAUAUUCAGAUUCAGAAAAUCCAACAACAAAUUCUGAGAUACAAGCAUCUCCAAGUGUAUCUUCAUUUUCUUUUAACUUAGGUGACAAAGAUGAUCUUAUUGGUGGAUCCUUAUCUCAACAACCAAUUGGUGGAUCUCAACAACCUAUUGGAGUAAAAAAAUCUUCACUGAAAAGAAGAAGCGAUGAUCGAACAUCGGCUAUAAUCAAGAUUUUAAAAGAAGGAAACAGACAACUUCUUGAACAUUUGAAGAAGACAAGUGCAGACAUACAACAUUGCAUGGAGAUUCAAAGUAAGAAUUAUGCAUUAAAAAAAUUCAAGGAAGAAAAUAUUUUUUUACUUCAAGACUUGAAUUCCAUACAAGAUGCAAACAUCCGUGCUUACGUUCAAAGUGAACAAAAAAGAAUAUUAAGAAAAAGGAUUGAUCAAAAAGAACCUUCUACAUCAACUUCUAUAGAGCAAUAAAUGCAUUUGGAAGCUAUCCACAAAGGAAUUAGGUUACGAGUUUAUGUUGUCUUAAGUUUUAUUUUUGAAACAACAAAUCUUUUAUUUUAUAUUCAUUGUUGGUUAUUGAUUAUGUGGUUUUAAUAUAUUGUUUCUUAUUUUAAUAUAUUAUUUCUGAUCUUUAUAUUGUCUAAUUUAAUGUAUGCUAUUUUCCAUCUUAAAAUAAACUCAUCAAACAGUGAUUUCGAAUUUUUUUUACAUUUUAUUUUAGAGUAUAAUCUUUUUUUGAUUAGAUUCAAAUUUAUUCAUCCUUUAUGGGAACUAACAUUUACAAAAUAAUAUGAAUCUACUUUUAACUACUAUGCUAUGCUGAACUAUGUGUAAUCUAAGAGUAGCAGAGAAAAACAAGUAGAAUCAUGACUACAUAGUGUGGAUAAACCACCGGCGCAUAAGUCUAGCUUGUGUCCUGCUUUGUACUUAAGAGAUGAGAUGCGAUUCCGAAUCCCCUUGUCAAUUGCCUUGCCCAUAGCUUUUGCAGUCAUCCAACUAGUAUGGUGUCUCCUUGCAUUUCGUUCUCUCCAAAUAUGAUAUAUAGUCGUUUGAAAGAGCAUUUUGAUAAGAAUAGUAUCCAGUGUCCCAUGUCAAAGCUCCUCCAUGUAGUCAAGCUUGGGCUGCCAAUCAGAAUCAGUAUGAGAGCCAAUAAUGCGAUUUGCCAACCCAUGUCAAACCGUAAAGGAGUAUGGACACGCGAAGAACAAAUGAUCCCUUGUCUCAUCGACUUCUCCACACAACAUAGAGCCUUGGAUCAUCCCCCAUGAGCGCAUCCUAUCAUCAGAUGAUAUUCUAUUCUUGACUGCAAGCCAACUGCUGA